AUGGGACGCUCCAUGUACACCGACUACGAGAUCCUCUGCCGCACAAACAUCCCCGCCUUCAAGCUCCGCCAGAGCAGCGUCCGCAGGCGUUACUCCGACUUUGAAUAUUUCCGCGACAUCCUCGAGCGCGAAAGUGCCCGCGUGACGAUCCCGCCGCUGCCCGGCAAGGUCUUCACCAACCGCUUCAGCGACGAUGUCAUUGAGAACCGGCGGGCAGGGCUGGAGAAGUUUCUGAAGAUUGUGGUUGGGCACCCGCUGCUGCAGACUGGGAGCAAGGUGCUGGCGGCGUUUGUUCAGGACCCCAACUGGGAUCGUAAUGCGUGGUGA